CGUGGACUGCGUAAACCACGCUCUGCAAAGUAAAAUUUUAUUUGUUAGCUCGCGGGCUUAAAGGCCAACCUUUCCUUCAUAAUAAUGGGAUCCGAAGUAAGCUCCGAAGAGGACAAUAGCUAUCAAAACGGAGAUGUUAAAAAGGACGAUGAUUUACGCGAAAACGAAGCCGAUGAAAGUGAGAUAGACAAAGAAGGUAAAACAUUACAAGACGCUGGGGUUAAACACCAUAAUGGAGAUAUCCGCAAUAGAAAGGCUGGCAAGAGUACAGGCAGAACUAAAGCUGAACUUAAGAGAGCAGUUCUUAGAGCUAAAUUACCGAACAAGAAAGAGCAGGAGAAAUCUCCCUCUCCAAAGUGGCUGUCGGUUAUUGGGGGCGCUGCGAGUAAGGUGGAAAAGAAGCUGCCCCGAUGGCUUAGGAGACUGCUUCUUCUACUGGCCAUUGUUGCACUUGGAUUUGGAACAAGGCUAUUCAAUCUGACUUUGCCAUCGCAUAUCUGUUGGGAUGAAACACAUUUUGGAAAACAUGCAAAUUUUUAUCUUAAAGGAGAGUUCUUCUUUGAUGUCCAUCCACCAUUAGCAAAGAUGUCAAUUGCCUUCGCUGGGUAUCUUAGUGGUUAUAAUGGAUCAUUUCCUUUUGAUAAACCAGGAGAUAGCUAUGGAGAGAACAGCUAUGUGGGAAUGCGAUUGUUCUGUGCUACCCUAGGAGCUUUGUGUGUGCCGCUUGCUUACCUCACUGUAUGGGAACUUACCAAGUCAACAGGUGCUGCUCUUCUGAGCACAGGGUUUAUUGUGUUUGAUCACGGAUGUGUGACGAUAUCACAGUACAUUCUUCUGGAUCCAAUUCUGAUGUUUUGGAUCAUGUUAUCGACUUACUGUUUUACCAAGUUUCAAAACUGCAAGAAUGUUCCUUAUAGUGUUGAAUGGUGGGCUUGGAUGGCUGCAUCAGGUGUCUCUUUGUCAUGUGCAUUUAGUUGCAAGUGGGUUGGUCUGUUUGUCAUACUGUGGGCUGGAAUUACUACAGUGAUGAACUUGUGGGACCUUCUUGGAGAUCUGUCUCUGUCGCUGUUUGAAAUUGGUAAACACUUCGUGGCACGAGUGCUUUGUUUGAUAAUGAUACCCAUCUUUGUUUAUCUCUUCUGGUUUGCUAUUCAUUUCAAGAUGUUGCCAAACAGUGGUCCAGGUGAUGGCUUCUUCAGCUCAGCUUUCCAGUCAACUCUGAAAGGAAAUUCUCUCUACAAGAAUGUUGUACCUGCAGACCUGGCUUUUGGUUCAAUUAUUACCCUUAAGAAUGCGCGAGCUGGAGGGGCUCUUUUACACUCUCAUACACAUCUGUACCCAAAGGAACACCCCCCUGAGCAACAGCAGAUCACUUGCUACUCCCACAAAGAUGAUAAUAACAAGUGGUUGGUAAAAAAGGCUUACGAGGAUUACAGUGGACAGCAACCUUUAGAAUAUCUUAAGAAUGGAGACUGGAUCAGACUGGAACAUGUUGCGACUAAGAGAAACCUCCACAGUCAUACAGAAAAAGCUCCGCUCACCACACAUCACAAUCAAGUGACCGGCUAUGGAGAUAAUGGGAAAGGAGAUGCAAAUGAUUUUUGGCGAGUAGAAAUUGUGAGUGGUGAAGGCGCUGAUGGAAGAAUCAAGACUGUUAAGACAGUUUUCAGGCUUAUUCAUGUCAAUUUGGGUUGUGCUCUUCAUGGCAGCACACAGGUGUUGCCCAAAUGGGGCUGGGAGCAGCUGGAAGUGACAUGCAAUCCUAUUACACAUCACUCACAUAACCUUUGGAAUGUUGAAGGUCAUGAAAAUGAAAGAGUGCCAAAGGCUGCUUCUGACUUCUACAGGCCUUCUUUUCUUGGUAGUGUUUAUGAAUCACACGUUGUUAUGGCUCAGACUAACUCUGGAUUCAAACCAAAAGAAGGAGAAGUGACAUCACAGCCUUGGCAGUGGCCAAUCAACUUCAGGGGCCAGGUAUUUUCUGGUGCAGAUUAUCGUGUGUAUCUUCUUGGCAAUCCGGUUAUCUGGUGGUAUGUUUUGGGCAUCAUGUGCUUGUUUGGUUUGCUGUAUAGUUUCCAUGCCAUCAGAACACAAAGAGGAUAUAUUGACCCUCCUCAAGAGCAAGCUCGAAGAAAAAGAAUGGAAUCAGCAUGUGGAUGGCUAUUCCUUGGUUGGGCAUUACACUACUUUCCAUUCUAUACCAUGGGUCGUGUUUUGUAUUUCCACCAUUACUUCCCUGCAUACCUUUAUAGUGCCAUGAUGGCAGGUAUAGUCAGCCAGUAUCUGUGCAAAUCAUUAGCCUUAAUAUCAAAGUUUGAUAAAUGGAGGCAGGUGGCAUACCAUGGUGCUGUUUGUUUGCUUCUGGCAGGAUGUAUCAUGAGUUUCUGGUUAUUCCGAGGACUGUCCUAUGGCAUGUCAGGUCCUAUGGCUCAUCUGCCUGAUUCAACUGCUGCAGUUUACAAGUGGAUGGAUAGCUGGGAGGUUUAAUAUUUACAAAUAAUUUAUCAACAACACCUUAUCAUCUUGAAAUUACGUGACACAACUACCUUUCAGUUGGGUUCAUUUCCUGAGAGGAGCUUAUUAAGCCAGUAAUAGUCGCAGCUUGGGCUUUGCCCCACUAGAGCAAUAUUUUUAGCUGUCAAAACACAAGGCUGUCUAGUGCUACAAACUCUAGGUUUGCAGGUUACACAAACUAACUUUUAUUGUUGUAAGAUAAACUAAAAAAUAAUCACUAGGCUAGGUGGGAGGGGGGACCUUGGGGGGUGUUAGUGGAAGGGUCAGCAAGUUGUUUAUUGUACAUCGUAAUUAAUGGCCUCUAUUCAGACAUCAUUUGAUGAAGACUUGGUCUAUUUAUUGUGGUUUUAAACAGAGAGACAACUAUUCCUCUAAUGAUGCAUAGAUUUGUUUGCCACUGAGACUACAAUGUAACAUACGAGAACACAAAUUUUGUUUUUGAUUGAAGGUAUUUUUAUUAGCAUUAUUGACUAGAACAAACUACAUGUACAACAGAAAUAUUUCCUACUUUAGCACAAGUUUAUAUCAGCUUUUAAACUCCAGGAAAUUCAGUGAUUUUUGUACAUUCAAAUUUUACAGAAUGUGAUCCUUGUAAUGAUGGCAAUGAAAUGAUGACAAUUAUUGUUGUUAUAGUGAUAAAGAUGCUGACAACUAUGAAAUGACAGCAAUUUAUAAUGAUAUCAACUUUUUUCCAAUGUCAACUAAUUCAAUAGUCUCAGGUUUGGUGACAAAGUUUAAAAUUAUGGUGUUGUCUCGUCAACUUUCCUAGUUUCCAGUGGUAAGAAUGUCAACAGCUGUGCGUUGCCUACAAUUUGUAGGUAAUGACGUCAAAGGCCAACAAGUUGCCACUGGAUAUAGAGCUAUUGCUCCAACGACACCAUUUUAAUGUUAAAAACUGGUUGCCAAACAUCCAUUGCACCUCACUCAACUGAUAAUCACAGUGAUUUCAUGUACAAAGUCAAGAGAUGACUUUCUUUCCCAGUUGGGAACACGUUUGAAAAUAUUUGGCACUGAACUAGAAUUGGGAUAAACAUUUAAAUACCUAUUAUUUAGUAUUUCAAAGGCUCUUCAACAAAACAGGUUUCAUUGAUUAAUUAAUAGUACUAAUAAUAAUAUUAAUAUUUAUUAAAUUAAUCAAAUGUAACUCCCUUUUGUAUUUUAUCAUAAACUAUCCUUGUGUUUAUUGUUGGCCAAAAUGACAAAAACUACCUGCACUUUGGCUAUUUGACUUUUAUUUUUAGGAGGGGACAAAUUUCUUUAAGGAGUACGUAAAGAUUUUUGAAAAUUGAAGAAAUAACUCGUACUAAAACGAAAAAAAUAGAUACUGCACUUCCCAUUUACUAUUGACAGUACAAAUACAGGGGACUUGUCACACAUGUGUAAAUUUUCCUACAUGUAUGCAAUAAGCAAUACACCAGCUAGAUUGGUUGGGGUUGGGAAGAGGGGAAAGAAGAAAGGAAAUUCUAGUGAGGGUUCCAAAUGUGCUUUUUAAAGAACUAAGAAUGAAAUAAAGUCCCAUGUUGAACUCUUCUUCUGUGACUGGCCAUGGCUUUGAUCAUAAAUUUGUUUCACGUGCAACCUGAGAAAAAUUGACUGGGGCAAAAUAAAGGGGUCUAGGAGCUACAUGUAAAGACAAUUUGGUUCAAUGUAUACUGCUUGGGUUCAUUCUUCUAAAACAAACAACUAAUAAUUGGAGUCCACUGAAGACUCUAUUCAGUAAUUAAUCUAACACAUAAAUGUAAAAUAGUCAGUAGAUCUUUAGUUGUUCUCAUCAACCUCCAUACAGAAAAAUGAAAACUGCUUUUAAUUGUAAAUUUACUCGAGUAAUUAUAAUAACCAAAUAAUGUACUUGUUCCAGUCAAUCUUAGUUAGUAACUACAGUGUAGCAUGCCAGUUUCCUAGUCUGACUUGGGUUGUACAUGUAUGUGACACUGAAACUUGGUUUAGUCAACUGACAGUAUCGUAAUAAAAAGAAAUUCAUAAUAAAUA